AGAACUUCACCACGGAGAGGAAUGGGUUAAAUUCUCUUGCUAGAAAGUUUGACUUUCUGUGCAUGCGUAAGUAACUGGGCUGAAUUCGAUAAAUGACCAGAAAAAAAAGCUCCAGCCCUCCUCUCCUCUCCUCUCCUCUCCUCACCAGUUGUCAGUCCUCCUGAGAACUGAUAUGCUGUGCUGCUCAUGAGCUGGAACCGAGAGCGCGCGCCUGCUUUUCAUCCAGUUACCACAAAGCAACAUCUGUGCGUGAAAUUCAUGCCAUUAACUAAGUUAUCAUUGAUUUACAGGAGGGGUUUCAUUUUUUAAAAGUUUUAUUGCGAUGGCAAAAUUGUCUCUUUUAUUCUUAUACUUUUCCCAAGGACUACUUCCACUCAUCACUGGACAGCAGCAGCGCACCGGGCCUUGGCGGCAACGGAUUCAGUGGGAGAACAACGGGCAGGUAUAUAGUUUAGUGAGCACUGGGUCAGAGUAUCAGACUCCGGUUCGGUCCAGAAGCCAGUCGAGGGUUUAUAUGAGCAGCAGUGAUGGCAUGAGGAGCCAGGUGUCGGGAGCGCGCAGAGGAGCUACCCGUGUAAGAACCGGACACUCUGAGUCCAGACAGUACAGGUAUGACCAGGUGGUAGAACCAGGAUCUAUUGCACCUGGAUACGAUAGCAGACAGUAUGUGCCCGUUAACGGUCGCGCAUCAGGGGCCAGACAGCAGCCACCUGAGCGCCCUCACAGAGCAAGAUCUGCAGGUUAUCCAGGCGCACGACGCUUCAACCAUGAAAACAGCAUGAACACUUCUUCUGUGGGGAGUUCUACAGAUUUCCAGGGCAGAAGAGGAGGUGUUUCCCGCGUGGAUGCUACUGCACUGCAACCGGGGCCCGGUGCGCAAUACCAGCCGUUACGCACGGUGCCAGAGGCGAUGCCUGUCUCCAGGCAACCCGUGCAGACGAACCAUCCAAUCCCGGGAAAUCCCUCAACUUUUGGGAGGGAGUCUGAGGCUCCUGCUCCUUUCCCUGCACUUAGUGAGGAUGUUGCAAACCGGGCAACCAGUUAUGGAGAGGACAUGGUUAACGAUGACCCUCGAAACCCGUUAAAAAACCACAGGAAUUCAGUUCUCUACAACAUGUAUCCCACGAGAGGGAGGUCAGCGGCUCGCACACAGCCCCGUCCGCCUGGCACAGGACAUGGAACAAGAUAUUUCCAAAAUGGACUGCCAGACCUGGUGCCAGACCCAUAUGCCAUCCAAGCAGGUGCUUAUAUCCAGCGCAUGCAGAUGUAUGCGCUCCGCUGUGCAGCUGAGGAGAACUGUCUAGCCAGGUCGGCUUACGGACCCGCCGUGCGAGACAUCGACUUCAGAGUCCUCCUGCGGUUCCCACAGAAAGUGAAGAAUCAAGGCACCACUGACUUCCUUCCUGUCAAGCCGAGACAUCAGUGGGAGUGGCACAGCUGUCACCAACAUUACCACAGCAUGGAUGCCUUCAGUAACUACGACCUGCUGGACGUCGUCACUGGGCGUAAAGUCGCAGAAGGACACAAGGCCAGUUUCUGUCUGGAGGAUACAGGCUGUGACCCGGGUUUCAGGCGGCGUUACGCAUGCACGGCUCAUACACAGGGUCUGAGUCCAGGAUGCCAUGACGUCUAUGCUGCCAACAUCGACUGUCAGUGGAUUGACAUCACUGAUGUACCUCCAGGAAACUAUAUCUUAAAGGUUAUGGUCAAUCCCAAUUUCCACGUCAUGGAGUCAGACUUCAACAACAACGUAGUGAGAUGUGAUAUCACAUACACAGGAACUUAUGUCCAGACACGCAACUGUCGAAUAACAAGGGGUUGAAUUCUUCGUUUCCUGUACUGUUAAGGGGAAUUUCCCAGCAAACAUCUCUGCAUGUACUGUACAGCAACAUCAACACUCUGACUAACAAAUGGUGCAAUUGGUAACAGUUUUUUUUUUACUUCAUGUGUAUUUUUGUGCUACAUUCCUGCUAUAGAGUCUUGAAGUGCAUUUAUUUGUAAUAAAUGCAAAACCAGUUUACACCCAUUCUGUGUAUGAAACCAGUGAUAUCAGCAGAUUUACUUGAGUAUUUCUACAAAUGUGCCGCAAUUCAUUACGAAAGGAUUAUCUCGCCGCAUAUUGUCUUGAUUUUUCUGCCUUGUGUUGUUAUGUUGCACAUCAUUACUUGUUACAGUUUUAUUGAAAGGAUACAAUGUUCUAUAUUUUUGUUAUUAUCAACAAAUCUCAUUAAAAAACAAAACCAACAAUGUGUUCAUUUCCUAAAACAGCAGGGAGCUGCAGGUUUUAGCAAACAUUACUCAAAAAGAGUAAAUAGUGCAUCAUUUAGGAACUAUUUCAGCUGCAGAUUUGGAUACACAAGUGGGUAUUUAUGGAAGCACCUAGAGUAACCUAGAGUAAAGGUGUUCAUGAUGAUGAUGGAAGAGGUCAUCCGGUGCAAUAGUAUGACUCAUAAUCAUUUUUGGACAUCAGUGAAGGUCUACGGCACAGAGGAAUAAGCCGUAUCAGGCUUUGGAUACACACACAGAACUUACUAAGAUCAGUUCAUUGCUGCUUUUGGGAUUUGUUGACAAUUAAAAAAAUACAGAAUAUCAGCAGACUUACCUUUAAUCGCUUGGUGGUCACAUUAGCAAAAACUGCAAUUAUCUCUUUUUAUGUUAAAGGUUAGUAUGUUGGAGUAUGUUUACGUGAAUAUGUGCUUGUGUGUAACUGAGUGAAUGUAAAAUGUGGAAACUGUUAAUAUUGCUCAAACAUGUUUGUUGAAAACUUUAUUAUAUUCUGUUAUUACUGUAUGUUGGAUUUAAUGCAAUAAAGAUUGAGAU